GCGUGUAUUCAAUGACUAACGUGUAAUCGUAACAUUAUUGUAAUAUUAUAAUUUAUUUCGAGUGAUUUUUAGUGAUAAAGUGAGUAAUGGUGGUGAAACAUUCUCCUUAGAUUUCGUAAUUGUUAAACACAAGCAUAAUUUAUUGACGUUGCGUGGUUACGCAGUGUGGCAAUAAUCAAUUAAUACGGGCAUAACCUUGCUAUAAAGAGCCGAAUUCGCAGAGAAAAGUAAUCGAGUAAUUUUAUACUUAGUGAACAGAUAAUUUUUCACAAUAGAUAUUUUCACGAAGGUGAAACUGGACUAAAUUUGAACAGUUCAAAAUACCACGACUGUAAUACUGCAAAGGAUAUAAUUUAGUCAGUUAGGAUUCUGCUGGUUGCUGAAAAAAAAUUCAUGCCCAACCAAUCAUAAUGAACCAAUGCAUCGAAUGCUUCUAAAUCUCAUUUAUCAUUAUUCACUAUUGUCAAUAUGUUUCUAUCUGUGAAUUCAGGCCGAUUGGGGAGUCUUCAUUGUUGAAUUUCAAGUGACUCACAAGAGAACGGACGUGUAAUUUUUUUUGAUUGAAGUAACGUCAUGUAUAGCUUUGACGGAGACUACAGACGAAAACCCCAACAAAAUCUAGCUGGUGCUAGCCGUCGUGAUGAAAAAGCUGUGCUACUGCAGCAUGCUCAAUUGGAACGUUUAAAACGAGAACAACAGCGUCAAAGGCAUGACGCCGCUGUGAAAAUCCAAGCUCAGAUUCGUCAAUUUGUAACUAGACAAUUAAAGCGUGAGCAUGAAAGGCACAACUUUGAUGUAGCGCAGAAGGCAUUGGGUAAUAAUCCGCCAAGCUUGGAAGAGAUUUCCCCUUUGCUCAGACAAUUGUUAUUUUUCUAUGACGAAGCUCUAGAUGGAUCCAGAUUGCUAUGGAUACUUAGACACGUCUUGAAAGAUCACAAACGCAUAAAAGAACUGACUACCAUAUCUACAGAGUGGUCAUGGAGAUUACGGUGGAUUCUCAAAUUAUCAAUGCGGAAAAUAGUUGACACGGUUUCUCAAGAUCCUGCUCGUUCUAUAGCAGUUCCUCUGCGAGUCCUGGAAGUGUUCACUGUGAAAGAAAAUACAGAGGGUAUUUUAAAGACAGAAACAGAUCGCCAUUUGAUCGGCAUAUUUGUAUAUUUGGCAGAAAACAAGUACUUUGUGCAAUUGAGAAGGUUGAUAGAUGAAAAAGUGCCUCCUUUGUUGGAAGCAACGCCUGUACCACCGACACCGAUGGCGGCAUGUCUAUUGGAUAUGAUUAAACGACCGCUUGGACUUAUUCAUACCAUGGAAGAGAAUAACAAAUUUUCCAUUACGAUACUUGAAGAGUUCUGCUACAGCAUUCUUGCGCCAAGAAUGUCAGAGCCAAUUAAGAUGCUUGUCUUACCUGCAUUGACAGAAUUUCAAAAUCUCCCGUAUAAACAAUUAAUCGAUUGUAUAAAUAGACUUGCAAAUGAGCCUACUCUGUGCCUUUUGUACAGCAUAUUAUCUCUGGAACCAGUCAGAUUUGCCUGCAGAAGGUCAAGGAACACUCUGACGAACUACCUUCAAGUUUUGGCAUCGCUGAGUUCGACAAUAGCCUCCCCACCUAUAGAGCAGAGUUUAAAUUUCACCGACGAAUCGGACAGUGACACAGACACUGAUAUGGUCGAUCAGGAUGAAGCGGACAUACGUCAAAAAUGCAUAGAAAUGUUGAAUGCAGAAAAUCGUGUACAAGGUAUUCUUGUGGUGGUGGAUCAAAGCGAGGAUCCCCUUAUGCUCCAAGCCCUAUGUCAAUUGUGCCACAAUCUUUUGAUAACUAACAAAAUGGCUGUUCCUAAAUAUAAACUACUCUACAUGCUUGCGUUCAAACCGUCGUUCCUUCGUCAUUUAUGGACGGCACUAAUGUCUGUUCGUCAGACAUCCCUGUUUGGGGGUGUCACUCUUCUACUCCAAGUAGUUUCUCGAGGUAUCGCCCUAGAUGCAGAUAAUACAAAAAAGAUUGUACCACUUUUGGCAGUUUUUUGCUCGCUCUUCAGCCUGCUUAUUGCAACGCUGCACGACACUGAAUUCUUCAAUGAUGGCUCCCAAGUUGGAACAAGUGGUGCUAGCCAACAGACAAUGCCAUUCACGACUGUGGAACUAGUGCCACUUUCUGCUCAUUUGAAAGGGGUUUGCUUGGGCUUGGUCGAGCUCGCGUUCCCCGAUACCCGGCCGACAGUACGAGAUGAUUAUAAAACUGCAGUACUUGGUGCCUCUGCUACCCAAACUCACCAAAACACACAAAUGUGGGUGCACUUGUUCAAAGUAACCGUAGGUUUGCUGCGGCAACUUCACACUCGUGAUCUGAGAAAACAAUUUUGCCCUGAAGGCCAUUGGAUAGCGUCGAACAUUGUGAUACCACUGGACAAACCACAGGAUUUUACAUUCCGACGUCGCAGAUUAAGAGGGUAUGUACCAUUUCAAGGACUGCGAGCAUUUACUCGUGAAGAUUUGGAGGAAGGCCCUCCUUGGUCGACAAAGGAAGUGCGAACGCUUACGCUGCUUCGUGAAAUACCCUUUGUUGUGCCAUUCAAUGAUCGUGUAGUGGUAUUUCAAUCUCUCUUGAAUCACGACAAAGAGGAACAGCAAGGCGAAUGGACGAAUUUCAUGCGGGGUCCAUACAUACAGAUUGCUGUGAGACGGAAUUACUUGUACGAGGAUGCGUUUGACAAACUUUCACCAGAGAACGAGUCUGAGUUGAGGCUGAAAAUGAAGGUUCAAUUGGUGAACGCAGCUGGUCUUGAAGAGGCUGGUGUAGAUGGGGGUGGACUAUUCCGAGAGUUUCUUUCAGAAUUGUUAAAAACCAGCUUUGAUCCAAAUCGCGGAUUUUUCAGGCUGACCAAAGACAACAUGUUGUAUCCGAAUCCAACGGUGCACCUUCUUGUUGAUGAUUUUCCAAAACACUACUACUUCAUUGGUCGUAUAUUGGGAAAGGCACUGUACGAGAAUUUGUUAGUUGAAUUGCCGUUUGCCGAAUUUUUUUUAUCAAAAAUUGUCGGCAGGCAAGCCGAUGUUGACGUUCAUCACUUGGCUUCCCUCGAUCCAAUAAUGUACAGGAAUCUCUUGUAUCUGAAAAGUUAUCAAGGCGAUGUUACCGAACUGGGGUUAGACUUUACAGUUUUAUCUGAUGAACUUGGGGAGAGGCGCAUUGACGAGCUCAAGCCUGGAGGAGCGAACGUCACAGUAACUUCGCACAAUCGGAUAGAAUACAUCCAUUUAAUGGCUGACUACAAAUUAAACAAACAGAUAAGAGCCCAGUGCUAUGCAUUCAAGCAGGGCAUAAGUAAUGUCGUAUCCCUCGACUGGCUUCAAAUGUUCAAUAAUAAAGAACUACAGGUCUUAAUCUCCGGUGCACAGAUACCUGUCGAUGUACGCGACUUGAAACUACAUACAAACUAUACCGGAGGGUAUACCCCCGAUCACCCUACAAUAAUUUCCUUUUGGAAAAUUGCUGACGAAUUCACGGACCAACAGAGAAGUCAACUGCUCAAAUUUGUGACAAGUUGCAGUCGACCACCACUGCUUGGAUUCAAGGAACUUGAUCCACCUUUCUGCAUUCAACACGCAGGUAGCGUCGAUCGGCUUCCGACUUCGAGCACCUGCAUGAACCUUUUAAAACUUCCGGAAUUUCCUGACGAAAGGACACUAAGGGAAAAGCUUCUAUACGCUAUACAAGCAGGUGCAGGUUUUGAGCUUAGCUAAAUAUCUAAACUCCACGACAAGAGGCACAAUUGCCAUUCUUGUUUUCAAUGUGAUAAACUUAUUCCUUGUGAAAUUGGGUGAACGAACAAUUCGUACUAACAGUGGAUAUACCAUGAACAAGUUCUUUACGAUAUAUGCCACGAUUGAUGUACCUGUAUGUACGAAGAUAGUUUGAAUGACAAAAAAUAUUGCAUGAAAAGAAAAGCCAGACCAAUAACAUAUCUGCGCAUUCACUUAUAAUAUUGGUUUGGUUUUGCCGUCAGUCCCACGACAAGCGAUAGCACAGAAAAUAGGAUAGCUCUAUUUGUGUUAGGUGACUCUCGUAUACUAUUUAAUAUAGAGUUUCAAGUUUACGUCACAGUUGUGUGUAGUUGUAAAUAUGACAUACUCAAACGAACGCGGUUCGAUAUUACGGAAAUCAGUUCUACAGAGCAAGUGUUCUACAGAAUAUGUUCUACUAACUUGUUUCUACAGUAAAUUCUUUUACAGAGUAUAAUUUUACAGAAAAAUUGUUCUACAAUAUAUUUUUCCACAAUUUUUGGCUAGAGAUUCUGUUCAACGCAACACAAAAUCAGAGCAAUCGUCGAAUUGUUAAAAACAUUGUAAUUUAAUUCAAUUUGAUCUAAUUUAAUUGAAAUUAUGUGGUUUGAAUUUAUAUGCGUGUUGCAUGUGUGUUGUGUCGAACGGGUAUUGUGUCGGAUGUGUGAAAUUAGAAAACUGUUCUAUAGAAAAAUCUUCCGUAGAAAACUAUUCUGUAGAACAAUUCUCCUAUACAACAAUUCAUGGAGUAUUAUUUCUGAUGUGAAUCUCGAAUUCCUUUCUGUAGGAAGAAAUUCUGUAGAAACGGGUCUGUAGAACAUAUUCUGUAGAACAUUUGCCCUGUAGAACGAAUUUCUGUAGAAUCGGUCGUUCUACUCAGACUGGUAUUCCGUGUGUAAAAUAACAAAUGACGGAUCGGUAAUGGAGGAAUCCCUGAGGGCCAUUUUCUACCUAGUAACAGAAAUUGAUCCUUGUCAAAUGCCAACACCAUUGCUUUGGUAGGCUUUCCCUUUUCAUAGAAAAUCUAAACUGCUGUAGUAAAAAUCGUGAGAAGUUAGAAGCCUGGCAGAUUGAGGCGUGGACAGUGAUGAUCGCAGUUUUCUAUUUUUUUUUUUUCUUAUUUUUGGAUUUUCUAAAAAGUGAACCCCUUCGGGCUCAGAAGUGAGAUUACACUGAGAGUUUUCGGUGAGGACUCUUGACGCAAUUGAGCUUUCGUCGGCAGAUAGGCAACCAAAGUUAUAUUUGAGGCACUUAAUUUGAGGUGAUAAGGUGAACCCUGAUUGGAUACCAGCGUUGUUGGACACCAAAAAUUAUCGAAAUCUGUAUUGUACAUGAUAUUUAUUGGAUACUGCCCGAUUUGACACGGCUCCGAUUAGAUACGAGCCCUUUUGGGCGUAGCUCGAUUGGACCAGGUAGCACAAGCGGUCUUACAGACACGGCCCCAUCGGGUCCAAAGAUUGAAUAAAUAUAUUUAAAUGCUCGAUUAAAACCAAAAUUGUGAGACGUGCAUGAGAUAGUGAUGCUCGAGUCCCAUUUUCAAACUGACUACGAAGAACCAAAGAUUCUUCUCUUCGAAGUUUGAAAAUGGGAUUUCAGCAUUACUUUGCCAUAUCUGACAAUUUUAGAUUUAAUCGAGCAUUUGAAUAUAUACAUGCAAUCUUUGAGACCCGUUGAGGCCGUGUCUGCAAUACCGCUAGUGUCCAAUCGGUCUGUGUCCAAUCUAGCUUCCGAUUAUUUUAGUGUCCAAUAACGCUGGUGAAAGGUCCAAACGGACCUUUCCCCUUACAGUGUAUAAGAUGUAAUUCCUGUUGCCUAUCUGCCAGCGAAACAACGUUCGCGUCAGGACCCUUCACUGAAAACUCCCGGUAUAGUGUACUGAAGAGAACUAAAACACAGUCUGAUUUAUGAUGCUAUCGAGAGCAAAAGGAGAUGUCGCGGCGAUUUAGUAAACGGUAAUAGAUUUCACUACUUUGGGAAGGGGAAUUUGAACCAUCUCCUUUUUUUUUUUUUUUCUUAUUUGAAUGCCUCUUUUCGUUUUUCUUAACAAGGCGUUGCAGUAUGUAGUUGCAGUUGAGCCUCUAGGUUUACUCUUUUCUUGUUUCCUGGUGUUUGAUUUUGAGAAACAAGGUCCUACUUCUGCACGCAGAAUUGAGGUCUAACUCAAGUAUUAGUAUCGAGAAGUUAUAGUAUUUCCACUUGCAAUGAAAUUUACUGCACACGGAAAAAUUGGCCUAAUCAAUCAGUGAUAUAACAAAUAGCCACACAAAAUAGAUUUCAGACAAUUUUUUUUCGUCGCAGUAAUUAUCUCUAACUUGGCAAAUUACAAGUACUAACUUUCACUUGUAAUCAAUUGCUAAACGGCAUGGAAUGCAGUAGUUCGGUACUAACGCGUUCAGCUAUGGUUGAUAUACGAUGAGAAGAAAGAUGUAGUGCUUACAAUUACAUCAGUCAGCACACUCAGAGAAGAUUCAUGUUAUUGAACUUAUGUAUUAUCUGAUCACUGCAGUUAAGUACUCGAAGAAUUGAUGUUAUUUUUUUUUCCAAAACAUUAUUUAUUUGCGAUGAAACCGAUAGUUCAGUCUUCAUAUAUUCUAGAAAAACAUAACUCUUAUGGAGCAUAGGUAUUAUAGCAGUUUUUCAAGUUUUCGCUACAGUUUCUUGACAGGCAGAUUCCCCGGUUCUGGGUUCCAAGGAAACCUUCUGUCGUAAAGAAUAUAUAUGUACAAUAUGUAUAGGUCCAAGGUUGCAAUGUAUACCAGAGCGCUAUUGGUAAGCUUGAAUUCGCUCCACGAGCCCAAUAAAUGCUCACAUUUCCGGUAUUGCAUACACACACACACACAAAGUAUAAAAAAUAUGUAGGCAUCGAUUUAGGAGGGCUUAUUGUUGUGAUAGGAACGAUAAGUUUACCUUUUGCUUUUUUUUGUUCCCAUCAACUGAAAACCGGUGUGCGCGCAUUAUGUUAUAACAUCUAUGUGCGGGUAUGUUUUCACCCUCACAAAAAUAGGCAAUGGGAAGAUAUGGUCACGUGACAGAAAAUCAUAGCGCAGGAAACAGGUACUGAUAACACAUGACGAAUAGAUAAUGUUAUACGAUUAAUAAUGUAUGUACCGAGGGGCCAAUUACUUACAAUUAGGGUAUGUUAUGCAAAGCGCCAGUAAGCUCAGUUACGACUGUAGCAGAGUCGUUUCUUACCGUUAAAUGUAAAAAAAUCAAUUUGAAAAAGAAGGGUUCCACAUUGAAUACACCUACAUAUAUUUUUUGUUACAGUUACUGCCCUGGUGUCUGUAAAUUGUGUAUAUUUACAAAUUUUAAGUUUUAUAUCCGCCUGUCAGUUUAACAAAUGUAUGUAUGCAAGAAUGUAUUUAUCUAGGGGAUAUGAGUUAAUGUAAAUAAAAGAUAUAGUUACUCGA